GUCCUGAACUGGAGUGGGUACUGCGCAUGGCCUUCCUUGGUUCAAGGAUCGGAGCUGUAGGUAGUUGAGCUGCCAAACACCGCCCGAGUUCAUACUACAUUGUCCGAGAUCAUCAUUCACCACUCGCUUUGCCCUGCUUUGCUUUGCUUUGCCUUGGAUUGUCCUGCUGUUCUGUUUCUUAUCGCAGCUGAAAUUGAACCUCGUACAUUGACAGGGAAGCGGACAACUAGAGUUCUACCAGCGCCCGCCGUUUCCUGCACUGGCCUUGCAGGCUUGUCGUCAUCGGCCGCUCCUCCUAACGAUACCCGACUCCAUCGGGAGAGUGUGGCCACUCUCGCGCUCUCUCUGGCACAACAACUUGCAAACUACACCUCCGCAGGUGGGCGCGUUGGAUGGCGGCCAUGCCAUCGUUCCUGAAGGAUCACCUGAGCUUCAGACGGAGAAGCCGAGCGUCCAUCAAAGAGCCGACCAGUGCCAGCGCGAGUGGAAACAGCUCCGAGAAUGGCAACGAUGAGACCACGCAGAUUCACGCGCUGAGCAAGUCGUCGUCGACGCUCGCCUCGUACGCCGAACCCAAGACCUCGCCGCCUACCACGCUGUCGUCGUCGAGAUCUAACACGAACUUGUCCGUCCACGGCGCCAAUGGCAAGGCUCCGCCAGUACCGGCGCGGCCGCGCAUGCCCAGCUCGCAGAGCAAUCGCUACAGCAUCAGUGGAAUGCCCGCGCAGAAUGGCGAACGACCAACACCGUCGACAUCUCCAUUGGCGCCACGCGUCUUAUCAGUCUCGGACGGAUCUUGGGUGCACCAAAAAGUGCUCCUCAUCUUUGGCCAAUGCGCGGAACCCUCGCAACCCAUUGAUGGCACGCUGACCGUCUGCCACCACAACGACAACUUUCCUCCCAUCUCCUGGCCCGUAUGCGACUCACAUUUCAAGGCCCUUGUCCACCUGCAGCCAGGGCCCAACCGACUCCGUCUCGACUUCACAUCGCCGAAGCUCCCUUCCACGAACUCAUCGAUCCCCGCGCAUUCUUCAUGGAUCAACAUCAACUUCCUCCCACUCAAUGCGGCACCGCCCAUUCAACUCUGCAUCCUCGUCGCUAAGGAUUCUCCAGAGACAUACGAUGCGGUACCAGAGCGCGUGCAAAAGGAGGGCAAUGGCUUAUCAACGGCCGUUAGAAAGUUCAAAAUGGCCGCAUACUUAUGGCAGGCAUUCACAGCAGAACAGAUGAACCGCAGUGGCUUCGGCAGAAGGUGCUACAGGUACGAAGAGGAAUGGCAACCGGGAACAUUGACAUGGAAAGACAUGGAAACCGGACAAAUGCGCAACGAGGCGCGGAUCCACAUCGUUCGCAUGGAUAAGACUGUCGCUGAGAUUCAAGAUCUCGAUGUCUCCCAACAGCACGGACCUGCCCAAAGAAAAGGGGACUUGUACAAGUACGCCAUGGAUGCUGUGAAGAACUACUUUGGAACCAAGCCCGGACAGGUGCAAUACAUAUCGGCCAUGUUCCUCGAUUCGCACUGGGACAAGCAAGCAGGUACUGUCAGGGGACAUGCCGCGCUGGGAGGUGGCGACGGAUCCGUCAAACUGGCCAUUUUUGGUUCUCAUUGUCUGCAAUCGUACCCAGCACAUUUGGAAGAGGUCGUGCCUGCGUUUUCGGAUUGCACUAGGACUGACACCGAUUACGUGGCAAACGACUGUAACGAAGGAGGCAGCAAUUGGGAGGCAGCCAAUAUCGGCAUCGGAGCGCACCUCCACGAGACCGGACAUCUGCUGGGCUGCCCUCACCAGGAAUCAGGUGUCAUGCUGCGAGACUACACUACCCUGAACAGGACGUUCUUGUGCAGAGAGCCGUACUCCACACGGACGAAGCAGCAAGGUCAAAGACUAUGUCUGCCAAAGGACGAAUGCAGUUGGCACAGACUUGACACAUUGCGCUUUCGAUUUCACCCUACAUUUCAGCUACCGAACGAUCCAGCCAUGAACGCAGACAGGAGCGUGCAAGUCUGGACAGUGGACAACAACAAUGUCCUUGUCACUGCUGCUACCGGCGUUGCAUGGAUUGAGAUUUAUCCUGAGGGCGACGAUCUGUGCCACCAAUGGAUCGAAUACGUUGACCAGACUAGUGGCCCAGGCGGCGCCCCUCGACUCGUGACACUAACCGAAGAUACCAUACAAGCCCAAUUGCCGAAGGAGAAGCGGAAACGAAAGAUCAAUCUCAAAGUUUUCAGCUGCGGAGGGGAAGAGCAUGAGGUCAAGGACUUCUCACGACUCUGCUCAAAAGAUGCAAAAAUCAAGCUGCCAGAUGGUCGACCAGGCUUCAAAAGCUCGAAGCUUGGGCACAGUCAAAUGGAUGGCUCGCAACCGCAGCAACUCAUACUCGGCAAUUUCCAAAAACAAGGAAAGUUUGACCAGAAGAAGCUUCUCAUGACGAUACGGGUGUACCACGGAGCCAUGGUUGAUGGGCUGGAGUUCUUCUACGAGGACGGAGUUAGCGAGCUAUUCGGCAAGCGGGGCGGCAAGCCAGGUGGCAGUGACUUCUCGCUCAACUUCCAGAGAGGAGAGCUACUUUUGGGGUUCUACGUUAGAGCAGGGGCUUGGAUUGAUGGAAUACAGAUCAUGACAACGACCGGAAGACGCAGCGAGAUAUUCGGAAAAGCGACGGGGGGUUCUGGACAUACAUUGAUUCCACCUAGGGGCUACAACAUUGCCGGCAUUUACGGGAGCUGCGCACAGUGGCUGGACGGUUUCGGGCUAAUCAUCUCCAAGUGAGAGGUGACGAACUGCUCGAGGUUUGAUUGCAUAAAACUUGCACGACCGCAUUUGAUUGGCAUACGCCGGAUGGCAGAGUCUCCCAGACUACUUGGCAACAACAGCAGGCUUAUACGUUUACAGCCUCAUCCUUUCCUGAGUGCGCAUCACUUUGACACAAAGGAUUCAGCCAUGCGCAGAGAACAUGGCUCCGCAGCACCCUUGCAUUUCUAAUAUACACUCAAAGCAUUACACAUAAUCUCUGCCAAUUGGCAGCAGGACUGCAUACAUUGAAACGGCCGGCAGGAAGGCAGAGUGGGCGAUUGGCAGGUCGUCCAAGAGGCACCAGAAUGGCUCGCAGAGCCGGAAUUGGAGGACACAUUCGACAAUUUCUUCUUCGACAACAUUUUUGUUCGGAGAGGGAGUGCAUAGCAGUAAAGCUAUUGUAUUGGCCUGACUGGCCUUUCUGUAGGAAACGUAAUGUGUUGGUCGACCUCAGGCUCGCUUUGCGAGAUUCUAACAGGCACAAUUCAUGAUGAGACUGCUAUGAUUGUCCAAUUUAUGCUUACUUGGACGGGUGAGACAGAGCAUUGUGCUUGUUGGUCUGCUGAGGACACAGC